AUGCCAGAUUCUGCUAUAAGUAUUAACUCGGAUACCGAUAGUGAAAUAUCUUCUAAAAAGUAUAAUUUCUUUAAAGAUGAUACUUUGACUAUAUCUACAACCGAAUCUACAAUUGAAAGUACUUUGUGUGAUGAUGACGACGGCUUUGAAGAUCUUGAUCGCCUUAUUACUGAACGACACAUAAAAGUAACUAAUUGCGAGGCUCAUUUCGAGGAUUCGGAACCUGAUCAAAGUAAACUUAGGACUUUGUUUAGUCUUUUAAAAAAUUUAAUCGGGGUUAAAGACAUCGUCUCAUUGCGAAUUUCACUUCCAUCACAACUUCUUGAACCCAUUGGAAAUUUAGAAUAUUGGAAUUACAAUGAUAGACCCGAUUUUUUAACUUGUAUUGGUGAUUCUGAUGAUCCAUUGGAAAGAAUGUUGGCUGCAAUCCGAUGGUGGUAUUCCAAGGAUUUAAAAUAUGUGACAGGAAAAUUGGUUAAACCAUAUAAUUCAAUCUUAGGAGAACAAUUCAUAUGUCAUUGGAAUGUACCCGCUCCAAAAUUUGAUAAUAAUGGUCAUUACAUAAAUAAUGACGAAACCAACACUUCAAAGAAUACCAAAAAUUAUAUAGUUACAGGUCUUAAUGAACAAAUAUCUCAUCAUCCACCUGUAUCCGCUUUUCAUUAUCACUGUGAAGAAACCGGUGUAUCUGCUUGUGGAAUAGAUCACAUCUCGGCAAAAUUCACAGGAACUUCUGUAAAAAUUGGUCCUGGUGAUCAAAAUAAAGGAAUCUAUAUUAACUUGGCUAAAAGAGACAAUGAAGAAUAUUUAUUAACUCAUCCUGUGGCUUCCGUUCAAGGGUGGUUGAAAGCUUCUUUAUACAUCGUCGUAGGUGAAAGUUGUAUUGUUACAUGUCCAAAAACAAAAUUAAAGGCUAUUUUAGAAUAUAAAGAAGAGAUUUUCAGAUAUGAUCCAAAUAAUGAUGACAUAAAAAAACUAAAAAAUGUUGACGACAAAGAUGUGGUUGCUGAAAUCACAGGGUCUUGGCGUGGAAAAAUUCAUGCUACAAUAUUAGAUACUAAAAAAACUAUAUUGAUCAUAGAUUUAAGUGAACUCGCUCCGAUCCCCAAAAUUGUAAGACCAAUCGCAAAACAAGGUCCACUUGAAUCACGUAAAGUAUGGCAAUCUGUAUCAGCUGCACUUUUUCAGAGAGAUUAUUCAAAAGCUACGAAGGAAAAGAUUGCAAUUGAAGAUCGUCAAAGACGAUUGGCGGUUGAAGCAAAGGCGAGAAAAGAAGAAUUUGAUCCUGUAUAUUUCAAACUACCUGUUGCUGAUGGGCGACCGGAAUUGAAGGAUAAAGCAUAUCAAGUUUUACAAAGCAUAGAUCUUUAA